UGCCAAUAUCAGAUAAGCUAUCCCACAGCGAAAAUCUACAUCCUCUCCUUGGCUCUUUCCAUGGCCAGUGGAAACGCAAGUGACUCUGGUGCUAAGGUUGCCUAGCUAAGGAGCCAUGCUGUUUUCUGGCAGAAGAAGGAAGCUUGGUGCAAAUCCCCAGACAGAGGUGUACACCCAGUCCCUGCAGUUCUAUGGACAGCCUCCUCUUGAAAACAUAUCUCUCUCUGAAUUUGAGACUUUUGCUGUGGAAAGAUUGAAAUUGUUGAAGACUGUUGAGAAUGUGGGAGUGAGCUAUGUGAAACAGUCAGAGCAGUACUCAAAGAAGCUGGAAAAUGAGUUGAAAAACCUGAACUUUCCUUACAGAUCAGACACUCAGGAUGACAGAAAAUCUCAGAGUGGACCAAGUGAAACUGAGAAACGAAGAAAGGACUACAUCUCGCACUUCAUUCUCCGACUAGCCUACUGCCAGACGGAAGAUCUAAGGCGCUGGUUUAUACAACAGGAAGUUGAUCUUUUCCGUUACCGCUUUAAUCAGCUGGAUUCAAAACAAAAACUGGAAUUCCUUCACAGGAAUAAUCUUCAAUAUGAAGCGAUCAGCAGCAAGGAGAAGAAGGAUCUGCAGGACAAACUCGUCAACUCCAGUUACGCCGUCAGUGGAAUCACUGUGGAGACUUGCGACUUCUACAAAGUUCCAUUUCAAGAUGCCCUUGAUCUAGUGCGAACAAGGAAAGUGUACCUUAAAGCAGGCUACGCAUACAUCCCUCACCAGGACAUUGUCACCAUUGUUCUCAAUGACUUCCGCACAAGGCUUUCUAAAGCUCUUGCAUUGACAGCUCGCUCGCUACCAGCAGUGCAUUCUGAUGAACGUCUCCAGCCGCUUCUUAACCACCUCAGCCAUGCAUAUGUGGGACAAGAUUACAGCAUCCAGAAGAAUGUUGGGAAAAUCUCGUUGGAACAAAUUGAUUCACUUUCAGGAAAGUCAUUCCCACUGUGUAUGAGGCAGCUCCACCAGUCUCUUAGAGAGAACCAUCAUCUUCGCCAUGGUGGUCGGAUGCAGUACGGCCUAUUUCUCAAGGGUAUCGGCCUCUCUCUGGAGCAGGCGCUGCAGUUCUGGAGGUCGGAGUUCGUAAAAGGCAAAGUGGAUGCAGACAAGUUUGACAAAGCAUAUGCCUACAGUGUCCGCCACAUGUUUGGCAAAGAAGGCAGGCGAGCAGACUACACCCCCUACAGUUGCAUGAAGUUGAUUUUAUCAAAUCCACCCAGCCAAGGAGACUAUCAUGGAUGCCCGUUCCGUCAUAGUGACCCAGAGCUGCUGAAGCAGAAGCUUCAGUUCUACAAAGUGUCUCCCGGUGGAAUCAGCCAGAUCCUGGAGCUUGUGAAAGGAAUGCACUUCCAGCUGGCAUGCCAGAAAUACUUUGAGCUCACACACAAUGUUGAGGAUGCGUCCUUCUCACUCAGUCACCCCAACCAGUACUUCAUAGAGAGCCAGAAAGUUUUGGGCGGAGUCAAGGACACAAAGCGAGAGACGGAUACUUCAGAGCAUUCAGUUGCCAGAGGAUCCACCGCAGCUCGAGAGGCAGCAAACAGCUCCCAACAUUCGGCUGAAAUGACAGAAGACCUGGAUUCUUACUUUAAAGAUGCCUGAUUUCUGUUGUAAUACAUUUAAAAAUGAAAUGUUUGUUCUCACUGUGAAGGUUGGUACAUAUUCUGUGUUGGAUCUUUUUAAGUUUCUGUAAAAUAUUAAAGUUACAAAUCAA